UCCAUUGAUUUUCUUUUUUUUUUUUGGAAAAAUAAUAAUUAAAAAAUAAAUAAAUAUAGUACGAGUAUUGGUGUUGAUGAAUGAUGAUAACAAACGCCAGACGACUCCUUAAGAAAAGCCAACCCCACGAGAAGAAGUAGAAGAAGAAGAAGGAGAAGGAGAGAAAAGCAAAGGCCAGCAAGAAAGAAAGAAAGAGAAGAAUAAGGUGUCUCUCUCUUGGACUGAUUCCUUUUAAUCGCAUCUCUCUCCCUCCUUCUACUCCUAUUCUCUAAUAUCUUCUCUUUCCCUCCCCCAUAUAUUCAAUGCAAACAUACAAACAACAGCACAGCAAAAGCAUAUGAUUUAUACAACAAGGAAAGGAAAGGAAAGGAAAACAGAGGAAGGAAAGGAAAUGAAAGGAAAGAAGCGUGAUUGAUUUGUUUGUGGGUGGCCUUCAAAGAAGCAUAAUUCCAUUGAUUUGAUUCUCUCUCUCUCUAUCUGUCUAUCUUAGGAGAUGAUGAGAAGAAUAGAUUGGCAAUAGGCAGAGUAGCUGGAGCUGUGUGUCUCAUUCUUUUACCUGUCAUUGAAGAGUCCGCCUUGGCUUGGGGGGCAUCAUCUUUUCAUGCUUCUUAUGUGUUAGCAUUAUUGGUCUAUAACUUCAUUUAUCAUUCCCUUUCCUUCUCUUUAUCCCCAAUACACAUACACACCAAAGUUUCAUCUCUCUCUCUCUCUCAAAAUCCUCUAUCAAUGGCAGUGCAAGCUCAAUACCCUUCCAAUAUCCUCCUUCUGAACAGAAACGAGCAAGAGGGUCAUGAUUAUCCGUUGCAACCACAACCAGGAGGAUUUCUUGAUCAAUCCCAUGUGCUAUUCACCAAUGGAGGGGCUAAUAAUCCACGCAAGAGAGGAAGAGAAGUGACAGCAGCAGCGGCGGCGAUGGGAGCAAUUACAACCACCACUGGUGGCAUCACAACAGCGCCAACAAUCCAUCCAUUCUCUAUGCAAUCUCAAGCUCCACAGCUAAUAGACCUAUCCCAACUCCACAACAACCCCCACCCAUCUCAACCAAAUGUUGUGUCCACCGGACUCCGUUUAUCUUUCGGCGACCAACAACAAAUACAACAAAACCACCAGUAUCAGCAUCAGCAGCAGCAGCAGCAACAACAACAGAGUUUUGUAUCGCAAUCCUCUCCUUUCUUAUACUUGCUACCGGAAGAUUUUGCCCCCCAAAUUAAACGCCAAAGAGAUGAGAUAGACCAAUUCCUUCAAGCUCAGGGCGAGCAAUUGAGGCGCACAUUAGCAGAUAAAAGGAAGAGGCACUAUCGUGCGCUGCUAAGCGCAGCAGAGGAAUCAAUAGCCAGGCGAUUGAAGGAAAAAGAAGCCGAAGUCGAAAAGGCCACUCGACGUAACGCCGAAUUAGAGGCACGCGCCGCCCAACUCAGCGUCGAGGCGCAGGUUUGGCAGGCAAAGGCCAGGGCACAAGAGGCUACGGCGGCAUCGCUACAGGCGCAGCUUCAGCAGGCGUUGAUGAGCGGAGGAGUGGCUACUCAGGAUAACAGGAGAGGGGAAGACGGCGGGCUAGGAUGCUCUGGGGGAGUCGAGGGGCAGGCGGAGGAUGCGGAGUCGGCAUACGUUGAUCCGGAGCGGGUAACAGUGACGGCUGGUCCAAGUUGCAAGGGUUGCCGUAAACGGGCGGCGACAGUGGUGGUGCUGCCGUGUCGGCAUCUGUGUCUCUGUACAGAAUGUGACCAAGUGGCACAAGCUUGCCCACUUUGCCUCCAAGUAAGAAAUUCCAGUGUUGAGGUUUUUCUGUAUUAGAGUCCAAUCUGAAUAAUUAGGCCCAGGACCAUGCCCAUGAACCGGCCCAGCCCAUAUCAGAUUGAAAGGUUUUAGAAUGGAAAAGGAAAAAAGAGGGAAAAAAAUAGAGAAAAAUAAAUCAUGCUUAUUAAAAUAUUUUUUUUUUUGGUUCAAAUAUUAUCUCACCCAAGACUGAUUUUUUUUUUUUUUUAAAUUUAAUCCUUUUUGUUUCCCCCUCUUGAUGUGCCUAGAGGUAAUGUACAUGGCCACAUGGGUAGUGGCAUUUUUUUUUUUUAAUUUAAUUCAUAUAUAAAUUCUUUUAUUUUUAA